AGAGAAAUUUUUUUUUUCCCUUUGCAACAAAGAAAUAUUUACAGUGUGUGUGAUGCAAAAAUACAAGGAAAAUAUACUUGUGGUAACAUUUUCUUUCGUUGUAGACGUAGUAAUUAAAAAAUUAAAAAUCACACAUUUUGCACCAUAGAAAAAGGCUAGGCUGAAAACAACAAAGGAAGCAGCAAUCCUCUCUUAGUGAGUAGAGUAAAUGGUUUUGUAAUCAUAAGAAAUACUUUUCUGCUCAAACUUUCACUGUUUUUAUUUUUUAUUUUUUUGUAAUAUAAAUCAAAAUGCACCAUUAAUUCUGGCCAUGAUACAAAUGCGGUAAUUUACCAUGAUCGAAGAAUGGACUGCAAAUGGUCUAUUCUACAUUGUAUCGCUCUGGAGAUAACGAAACAUUUUUAAGAACUUGCUAUAUGUUAUUUUUUCUGUAUUUUCAUAUUUUAUUCAUUGAAAAGUGAAUUAACAAUGCAGAGAACACCAACUUGUGAGAAUUGUCAGAAGAACUAUGAGCUUAGAGACUUUCGUCCCAUUGGUCCAAGAAUACCACUAAUGCUACCUUGUGGGCAUACCUUUUGUGAAGGAUGUAUAGUAAAAGCUGUGAAGAUAAACGAAAUUUACUGUUUUACUUGUAAGGAUCCUAUUUUGUUGGAGCCUAAUGGAGAAAGUGGUGUUAAAAAUCUGCUGCCAAAUAUUUAUUUGCUUGGAAUUUUGUUAUACAAUCGCAGGAUGGCUCUUGGAAGCUCUGAACGUAAGCCUGGAGGACCUGUUAGUACUUUCAAUGGUAUUGGAAAUGUAUUACGCCGAAAGAAGCUUGAUCAAGUUUCUUUUUCGGACGGUGUUCAAUCAGCUGGCAUAGCUGAUGAAGAAGCACAACAAGAUAAAGAGCAACCUAUGUGCGAUGAAUGUUCUGUCAAAUAUGCAACAUGUCAGUGCAAAAACUGUGAUAACAAAUUUUGUGAUGCAUGCUUUUUACAAGUCCACAAGUCUUCCAAAAUGUUAAACAAGCAUUCUCCUCUUCCACUGGAAUAUCCAAGUGAAGAAGAACUAUCCUGCGUUACUCAUGGGAGAAAUCUUGAAUUCUUUGAUAAAGAUAUCAAUGAGCUUUUGUGUGCAAUGUGCAUCAUAUCAGAUAGAUGUAAGGGGCAUGAAAUAAUUCCUGUAUCUGAAAUGGAGGAAAAGGCUUCUGAUGAGCUUGUGGUAGCUGCCAGUAAAGUAAAAGAUGUUUUCACAUGGCUGUCACAUUCAAGCAAGGUCCUUACUUGUGCAUUACCUGGAGAAGUAAUGGAAGCAAAUUAUUUAUUUUCGGAAAUACAUGAAAAAUUUACUGCAUGUCAUACACUCCUGUUGAAACGACAAAUUGAGUUAAUGAACGAAGCAUCUGACUGUCUAGUGAAGCAUGGAGGCAUUAACCACACACUGCAAGAAGUCUCUAAACAAGCAAAAGCUGUAUCCGCAGCAUUAAAAGAGUAUGAGAUGUCUAAAGAAGAUACAAGAGUCAUGAAACUUAAAUCUAACAAGUUUUUAGAGACAUUUAAAGAAUAUGCUAGCAUACCAUGCAUUAUACAAGAAGAGGGCUGUCACAAUUCUGCAAAUGUCAGAUUUGAAAUAUCUGACGAGACCAUUACAGCACUUGAAACAUUUGCUAAUAUCGAAGGCCAAGUAUUGGAAAGGUAUCAUUUAAAAUCGAUUGAUGAAAUUUCGGAGGAGGUAAAGGAUCAAAUAAAAUCUAGUUACUCAAUGUCUUCAUCAGAAGGAAGGUAUGAAGUUAAAGAGAAUGAGAUAUUAAAUGAACAAACCCUGCUUGAUACAAGCAAGAUCUCUAAAUUUUCUAUUAUGUCAGGUUAUCAUGAACUUGUGUAUGUCACACACAUUAAAGAUCCAUCGGAAUUUCAAGUACAAAGAGCAUCAGACAAAGAUAGAUUAAAUGUGCUGAUGACAGCAUUAAAUAAAUAUUGCAGACAUUCUAACUCUCCUAAAGAUCUUGUCUACAAAACAGAGGAAGGUCAACUUCUUUGUGCACAAUUUCUUGCUGACAACAACUGGUACAGGGCAAGAGUCAUCAAUGUCACAUCGAAUGUAUGUCCAGAUAUUAUCCCCACUUGGCAGAAUGGUUUAUGCAUUAAAGUACUUUAUAUUGAUUAUGGCAAUACAGAGUGGUUACCAUUAAAUAGAUUAAGGCAAAUAAAAAAUCAGUUCUUGGAAAUACCUGAAAUGGCAGUGUCAUGUUCAUUGACAGAUAUUGUGCCACCAUUUAAGGAAGUAGCGUGGCCUGAAAGGUCCAUUAAAGCAUUCACUUCAAUAACCGGAAAUCAACCUUUAUUGAUGAAUGUCAGAGGUAGAAGUUCUGGCAAAUUGUAUGUCGACCUAAGAAAACCGGAAGGCGACGAGGAGGCAGCUUUAGAAGAUGAUCGUCCCAUCUCUGUGCGAGAUGCGCUUGUAUUUCUUGAAGUUGCAGUUUUCUUUUCACCAGCUUCACAGCCAAAUGCAGAUGUACACCGCACGUCAAGACAUUACAUAGAUCCGAACCCUCUUGAAAAAGAUGCAUUUGUAGAUGUCACUGUAACCCAUGUCGAAAACCCUCACCAUUUAUUUAUUCAAAGGCUUGAUUCGAGUAUUUUGGAUGAGCAAAAACAUCUCUGCAAACUUUACACUGGUAGGAACAAAAAGGUCUGGCAAAUCGACUGGCCAUACAAAGAUCUUGUCUGUGCAGCCAAAUUCUCUGUUGAUCAAUCUUGGUAUCGAGCUGUUGUUCGAAAGGUUCACUUGGAUGAUUCUGUAGAUGUCCAGUUUGUUGAUUAUGGCAACAUAGAGAACUUAAAGUUUGAUGACGUGAAGAAGAUUCCACAAAUGUAUCUGGCAUUGCCAAAGCAGUGCUGGCCUGUAAAGCUACAUAAUGUCGAUAUGUUGGACGCUGAAGAUGAAUGGAACACAGGUGCAAAGUUAUUAUUGGAGGAAUUUCUGAACAAACCAUUUGUGACAGUUGUUAAAGACAUAGACGUGAAUGGAAUAGCUAGUAUUGAGCUGUUCGACACGUCCACCAAUGAAGAUGUUAACAUAAAUCAUUUGCUUAUCAGAAAAGGUCUUGUAAAAGGAUUGGGCGAAAGUGCUGAACUGGCAUACAAUGUAGAAGAAAAGAAUAUACAGAUGGUUUCGCCGACUGAUACUGCUGUACCUUCAAAUCAAAUGACUACAAGCGAAAACAGUGUUUCGCCAUUGCUUUCACCUUCAAAGUGUAAUGAUAAACAGAAAGCGAGGUCGUCGAAUAGAGUUGACGUUGUUAGACAUUAUUUACCAGCAGUCUUACCAAGAAAGAAUGAAUUUUCAGCGACUGGUGUAUAUGUUGAUGAUGACGGCCUUAUUUACAUGCAUACUUUUGGAAGUGAUGAGUUGCUAAAUGGAAUAAUGGCAGAUUUAAAUAAUUCAAAAUUCAAAGUACAUCCGAAAUCCACCGCAGAACUAUCAAUAGGCCAAGCAUGUGUAGGGAAGUAUUCAUUAGAUGGUUGGUGGUAUCGCGUUGAAAUACUUGCUAUCAUAGACGAAUUCAGGGUAAAGGUUGCGUUUGUUGAUUUUGGAAACAGUGAAGAAACAACAGUUAACAAUUUGUGUGAUGAAGGGAAACACAUGGAUGCACCUGCGCAGUGUAUCUGCGUCAAGUUAGCUAACAUAACUCCUAACUCAGAGGAUGGACGUUGGUCUAAGCAAGCUAUCGCCUUUUUAAGACGAAAGCUUGAUGGCCACAACUUUUUUGUUAAAAUGCAGGAUGUUGAUAAUAAAAUCUCUCCUUACGAAGUGCAAAUCAAACUGCAAGACAAAACGGACAUUGGAAAAGAAUUGUUAUCCUUAUCCCAUGCCAUCCAAUCAACUGGAGAAAUGGAUAAUAUAAACAGUUUCGUUAAAAUUCUACAAGCAGCUGACGAUUCAGAACUUAACGGGGACGUUGCGAAGUCGGGGACUGAAAGCUCCGAAGAAACGUUAUUGGAUGACUUACCAAAUCUUCAACAAGUUUUACCUGUGCUCUCACCAACAGUUCAAGCCAUUCACCAUUCUGCUUAUUUAUGGUACACAGAGCAGCAGUUACCUAAACAAGGAGUCCUCUUCGACGUACAGGUAACACAGGUUAAUCAGCCUGAUCUCGUGUAUAUACAGCGUAAUCCGCCGAAUGAAGAUGAAGAAUUGUUUGCUGACGACUCAUCUGAUCAAACUGCAGCGAACGCUUAUGCGGAAAUCGAACAGCUUUACGCUGUUUCAGAUUUGAUUAAUUCGAAAGAGUAUUUAAAUAAAAGCUCCCCUGCGCUCCCAGAACUUCAAAUUGGAAUGGCUUGUGUUUGUAAGUACUCAGUCGAUGAUUGGUUUUACCGAGCAAGGAUCGAAAGCAUCAACAAAGACAACAAAACUGUUGAUGUCGUUUUCGUUGAUUAUGGAAACGCUGAAACCGUCGACGUAAAUACCAUUAAGCCACUGUCCGCAGACUUGAUUAACUUGCCUAUGCAAGCCAGUCUUGUUUAUAUUGCUGGUGUGAAGCCUCUUCACAAUUCAACAUCGACAAAAAACAAAAACAAGUGGUCCAGUGAAGCAAAGAAAAACUUUUUUGUUAUGGUCGCCAAUAAAAGAAUGAUAGCGCAAAUUGUGGGAACUUACGAAGGGUUACCGAAGAUACAUCUCUAUGAUCGCUGCUUAAUGGAAGAUUCGGAAACUGGCGAAACGAAUGAUGUUUUGAUUGGAAGUGUUAUGGCAGAAAAUAAAAUUGCUGAGUUCGAGUUAGAUGAAAUGGAAUCUAAGAUUGCUCAAUGUCCUACCUGAGUGCGAGUAAUGGCAAUCAGCAGUUGGAAUGAUGAAGAAGUUACGCUAUUCCAACUGGACUCUUACAACUUAUAACUGUACAAAUUGUCUUUUUGUGUUUGUUUCUUCUUGUUGUCGUUGUUUUUUUAGAUUUUAUGUCCAUAAAAAGGAUUAGAUAUAUUUUGUACGUUUUUAAACUGACCAUGUAUAUAUAUUUUUUCGUUUAUCGUUAAAGCGGAGCUGUUUAAAAAUAUUGAGGGAUAAAGUU